AUGACAGAUAGUGAACCGAGUAAAAAAGAAAAAUUUCGUCAAGAAACAAAAGAAGAAAGACGUACUAGAUUUAAAGAACGUCGUCGUAAAAAAGCAGAAUCAAAACUAGUUGGAUUUCGUCAAUCAACAAACUAUAUCGAUUCAGCAUUAACAAGUGAAUCAAUAUAUUAUAUUGAUUCACAAUCACCUAAAUUACGUAAAGUUUAUCCAUAUUUUUUUACAUGGAUAACAUAUGCAAAAGAACGUUGGUAUGGACGAACUAUUGAAGAUGUUUUUCAAUAUGAAUUUCGUCGUGCUAUAUUAAAACAAAAUUUUGAUGAUAUUAUACGUAAUGGCCUUGUACGUAUUAAUGGUCAAUGUAUAGAAAAAAAUUAUGUUAUAGAAAAUGGUGAUAAACUUGAACAUUUUACACAUCGACAUGAAGUGCCUGUGAUUAAUCAAAAAUUUAAUAUAUUAAUUAAUAAUGAAGACUAUUUAGUUAUUGAUAAACCAUGUUCAAUACCUGUUCAUGUAUGUUUACCAAUACUUAAAAAAAAUUGA